UGAAGUAGGUUUAGGUUAACAAUCAUUCAGUUUAUGCACAUCAGUAACAAUUGUAAUGCAUUGUGAUUUCUACUUGUUUGAAGGUGUUGGAGGACUUAGGCAUAUGAAAAUGGAAUUGACGCAACACCAGAUGGAAAGUGAAAAGAAAAGGAGGAAAUACUCGUCCAGCAGCAAUGACUCAGUCACCACUGACAUUCAUGUAACCUCUUGGUCUAGGUGUUCCAAGAACAUGAACUCUAACAGCACCUGGGCUCGGCAGGAGGACAAGCCAAAGAAGCCCUCUGAGGUAUUCAGGACGGAUUUUAUUACGGCGAUGAAGCUGCCAGACUCCUCUCAGCUGAGCCCCGAUGAGUUUUAUGUCCUCACCGAUCCCUGGAGGCAGGAGUGGGAGAAGGGGGUCCAGGUGCCAGCCAUGGUGGAAGCCAUCCCAGAGCCUGUGGUCAGGGUGUUACCAGAAGUCAGCUGGAUUCCUUUCUACUCUGCCUCCCAGAGUGUCCUGAGUGGGUUCCAGUCCUCCAAGCCUGGCUAUGUGGGCAUGAGGACCUCGGCAGAGCAGCUCAGCCGCUACGACCUGGAUGACUGCGAUGUCUGCUGGCUGGAGCUGGUUAACACGGAAUUCAGGGAACAAGCGCUGCCCGAGCUGGAUGAGCUGACAAUGGAGCGGGUGAUUGAGGAGCUGGAGAGCCAAUGCUACGAGAACAUGCAGAUCGCCAUAGAAACAGAGGAGGGGCUUGGUAUUGAAUACGACGAGGAUGUGGUGUGCGACGUGUGCCGCUCGCCCGAGGGCGAGGACGGCAAUGAGAUGGUUUUCUGCGACAAGUGCAACAUCUGUGUUCAUCAGGCGUGCUAUGGCAUCCUGAAAGUGCCUACGGGCAACUGGCUGUGCCGGACCUGCGCGCUGGGGGUCCAACCCAAAUGCCUGCUGUGCCCCAGGAGAGGGGGAGCCUUGAAACCGACCCGCAGCGGAACCAAGUGGGUCCAUGUCAGCUGUGCCUUAUGGAUACCUGAAGUGAGCAUAGGUUGCCCUGAGAAGAUGGAGCCAAUCACUAAGGUGUCCCACAUCCCAGCAAGCAGGUGGGCCUUGUCCUGUAGUCUGUGCAAGGAGCACACGGGCACCUGCAUUCAGUGCUCCAUGCCCUCCUGCGUCAUAGCCUUCCACGUCACCUGUGCUUUUGACCAUGGCCUUGAAAUGCGGACGAUCCUGGCUGAGAAUGACGAGGUGCGCUUCAAGUCCUACUGCCUGGACCACAGCAGCAACCGCCACAGUGGUGCCGGCAACAAUAAAGGAGAGCGGGCCGAGGCAAGAGCCCAGCUCCCAGGAGAGGGAGCCACCGAGCCAAGAGUUCUGCAGCAGCAGCAGCAGCAGCAGCAGGAAAAAAUUGACAAAAUGGAGCUGGAGAAGGCGAGCCAGCGGAAACAGAAGCUGCAAGAGCUGGAGGACGAGUUCUACAUGCUGGUGAACCCGGCGGACGUGUCCGAGAGGCUGGGUCUGCCAGACGCGCAUGUUGACUUCCUCUACCAGUUCUGGAAGCUCAAGAGGAAGUCGAACUUCAACCAGCCACUGCUCACCCCCAAGCAAGACGAAGUGGACAACUUGGCCCAGCAGGAGCAGGACGUGCUCUACCGGCGCCUCAAACUCUUCACCCACCUGCGGCAGGAUCUGGAGAGGGUUCGGAACCUCUGUUACAUGGUGACGAGAAGAGAGAAAAUGAAGCACUCCCUCUGCCAUCUCCAAGAAAAGGUGUUCCACCUCCAAAUCCAGCUGAUUGAGGAGGACCUGGCAAGAGAGAAAGCAGGGAAAGGAGGGAAAGCAGCGAAAGGCAGGCAGAGCGAAGCGAGAGGACGGAGGAAGUGCAGCCCGGAGAAAAAGGAGAGGUGGAAACCAGAGAAUGGAUCCUUGCUAAAACAGCUGGGUUUGUCCAAGACUUUUCCUAUUGACGAAGCGCUCUUCAACAGCUGGCUGGCGCAGUCAGUGCAGAUCACCACGGAGGACAUGCUGAGCCAGUGGUCCCUCCACGACCGGCACGAGGAGAAGACAGCCAGCCUGCUCUCAGACCAGCUCCUGCAGGGCGAGGAGAGCCUGCUUAGCCUUAUGAUGGACCACUCCAUGAGUUCCACUUGGAAGACGCCCCAGGUAGGCAGGAGAGCCAAGGGGAAGCCCAGGGGGAAAAGUCGCAAGACCUCCUCCUCCUCCUUCAGGGACGGCAAAGGCGGCCACCCUGAGGAGGCAGGGACCCAGGAAAAGAGGGCCUCAAAAAGAGCUUCAAACCACACAGAGAGAUCCAAAUCCUCCAAGACAGUCCACCAUCAUCAUUACCAGCACCGGAGGAACAGUGUGUCCAAGCAGGAUCCCAGCAGGAAAGGCUCUCCCCAGCCUCCCGUUUCCAAAAUGGAUUCCUGUCACAUUUCAGAGGAGAGAAGCCACUGGGUAGACCACAAGGAGCCAGCCCAGGAGCCCAAGUACCCAGUCAAAGUGCCUGAGGCGGUCAGCGCCCCUAAGACUGUGGUGAGGUUCAGGUUACCGAAACAGGGUAAGUCAAAGUCAAAAGCCUGCAGCCAGGACCAGGGCGACAGCACUGAGCACAUAGAGAAGGACAGCUUUGACAAUGAGACUGAUGGCUAUUACUCAGAUGCAGAAAUGAGUGACUCUGACACACAAUCCAGCAACGGGAGAAUGAGUCUCGGGCAGCUGCAUUCAGGAACCGAGGACCUCGUCAGGAGAAGUAUUUUGGCAUCAUAAAAAAAACAGCGUGCGAGCAAAGUUUGAACCCAGUACAAACUGCCAUGUCUUUUGUUUUAGCCAGUUGUCAUAGUUUAGUAUGGAUUUCUUUCCAAACAUAAAUCAAUACAUUUCGAGGUUACAAAUGCUGUUGCCUUCCUUUUUCACAAUGGAAACGGAUAAACAUUUUAGAUGUUUGCUACAUCGGUUAAAAAGAUGUUAAUGGCUACUUGGUAAGCAGUAAAGCUUGUGUGUUACGAGUGAUAACACACAUGCAUGUACUUUAUAUGUAAGUCAUUGUAAUGUUGAAGUAUCAGCUAGACUAGCCUUGUGUUUUAGCCACUUACGGCUACCGUUGCCAGUAUUACCUGCUUGUGCAGGGAUUAAUAAACUAGGGGCAUUACCAGCUGUCAUACUUCCUUGAUACUGACGUAAAAUGUAUGUGAUCAGUCCUUGUUUUUCAACAAACGUCUUAAGUAAAUAGCAAGUAAGGUAACUGAUUUAAAUUUUUUUUUUAAAAAAAGCACAAGUGGUUUCCGGGGAGUCUUACAUCAUAGGAAAGACUUUAAUUCUUCCAUUCAAUGUUUUAAAUAUUGCUUCAAGCUUAGACCAAUCAACACACAGUAUAGAGGGCUCUGUUCAUAACAGUCUUGUGACAGUGUGUUUUAUUUUGGCGCGGGGUGAAAUCACUUUAUAAUUUCUUGGCAUUUGUAUCUAGUUAACAGAAGGGAUGCACAGGAGUACAAAAAAGAAACAGAGAAAAUCAAUGCGUUUGAGUUAGACAUCUUUGCCACUGUCUUGACGUGCAAAAUUCUCUUUGAAAUAUUUCUUUUUGGUGCUGCUGUGUUACCUUCUGAUUGAAUGUUUAACACAUGCAUGUUUAGGCUCUACACUGCUUUUUUAAAUUGAUUCCUUUGAACAACCUUGAAAAUACAUGGUAGUUAAUGAGGUGUUAAAAUGCUUGUGAUGGUACUUCAAACACUUCAAAAUCAAGUGAAAGAUACUUAAAACAUAUUUGCUUUUAUUUUUAAAUGCCACAUGCACUACUGACUAUGUUUUGAAGUAUAAAAAUCAAAAAACUAAAAAAAAUUACCAGUGAAUCAAUAACGUAACUAGGUAUUGGCACUGCCUGAUUUUGCAGACUAAUGAGAAAAAAAACCCCUGAUAUUCCUGAAAUGGUUAACGUCUAAAUAAUACAAAGCCUGGCCACUAUAUUAGGACCUGCAUGCACGAAUAAGUUUGGCAUCACACUGGCUUGUCCCUUGAUAAUAAUGCUGUGCUUGUGUUAUGCUGAUGGUGGCUACUUUCUAGAAGAUAAUGCCCCCAUCCACCGUGCCAGAGUCCAGCAUCUAUGGUCACAACGAUGGAUCUCUAUCCAAUUGUGAAAGUUUGGACUUCAUCGGAGAGCAAACGGUCACCCCCCUCAAUAUUAUGUACAGAACCUAAUAAAGUGGCCAGACAGUGUACAUGCAUUCUAAAUGCUGUUGAAACUUUGUGAACAGGGCCCCUUGUCACUUGUUCAUCCAGUCACAAUAAUACCGGUAGGAAUCCAAACACAAAACCCUGUAAAUUGUAUUGCCUGGUCUUUUAAUCCUCUUAAGUGAGGAGCAUUUUCUAUCAGAGUGGUCCACAGUAUUUACUCAGGGGUAAAAAAAAAAAAAAAAAAAAGAAGAAAAUAUUUAUUCUGUGGCUUUUCUGCGAAUACACUGUUCGAGUCCUGACUACUGCUGAGCUUGUUCCUCGGUAACUUCAGCGUUUAUUUUUAUUUUUAUAAAUGCCAAAGAACAGUCUGAAAAUGUGGCACUAAUGGGAAUUCAAAUUAUCUUCUGUCCACAGUGAGAGGAAUACAAUUGGGACUAGUGGAUUUGAAGAAAUGAUGACAUUUUCAGUGAGUUGGGUGCCUUGUGUUUCCACACAGUGUUGCAGAAACAGCACUGUCUGACAACAUAUUCACUUACACAGUUAGAAUCUGUAGCUUGUACAAAUGUUUUUUUUUUGUUUUGUUUUUUUCCAGUCAUGGUCAACGUAGCCAAAUGCUGCUAAAUAUUAGAGCCAGCCACUUACUAUCCAAGGUGAAAGAAUAUCUGUCCUCUGUGCUCUGUGCAGUUCAGCUGACCAACGGAUUUUGACAAACAGGUCUUUUGUUUUCAUUAAGUACGCCCCCUUUGCUGUUGUCUGUGACAGAUUUUGAAUGACAGCACAAACUAAGUGCUUUGUAACUUUCAAACUAGGUUUUAAAAAAAGUUCACGUAUUUGGCUAUUCCCCCAUAAUGGGCCUAAGCAGUUAAACACAAACAUGGUUUAAAUAUAGCUGAAUUGUUUUACAGUGAUUUACGAUUUGUUAUAAUCUAGAAAAUUGCUGACAGCGAGUCAAUAAAUGGAGUUCUCCUCUUUGGAAACCAUUACCAUUGACAAACUUGGAAUUACUGUUACUGGUGCAGAUCUGAUCUCUCAGCUGCCAGUGCAGAGACAUCUGUCGGCAAUUCUACGUGUAUUAAUGCUUUGUGUGAAAGCUACGAUGGGAAUGAAUGGUCAUUCACGUACUGUUCAGUAACACCAGGGACUAUUGGCUGGCAAGGUUUAUUGCCAAAGCGCCAUCGUGAAAACAAAACAAACAUUUCAGAGGAUUUCCCCUGCUGUGUUAGCUGGUUUAAUCCUCUAGGGUUUGAACGCAGUUUAUAGUCGACAGCUGAUUCUUGGUUUUGUGUGCACCUACCAGAAUGUAUAAUACAGUACUAGCAACCAGUUUUCUGUAACAGGUGUUGUAGGCUUUAGCGACCAGUAAAUAUAAUGGAAUGCUCAAAUAUAAUUAAACAUACUCUAUCUGUACCGGAGCUUGCUUCAGUGUGCUUCAGCUGAAAAACUAAAAUGGUUUAAAAAAAAAAAACAACAAACCACUGCUUCUAGCUUCUGUGUUCUGCAUACC